AUGGCUGCAGUGGGCGGCAACAUUGCAUCUGGGUGGGGCUAUGAAGCUGAUGCCGCGUGGUUCAUCCCGGCGUGGACGCUUUCUAUCACACGGUGCGGAUACCGACUCGCUCGGGCGGCGCUGGUUCCUGGUGGGAGGAAAUAUGUUCUGCCUCAUUUGUGA